CAGCUGGAGCCGGAGCGAUGAGGCGGGAGCAGCGCCGGAGACUGGCCGCCCUGUCCCUGCUGCUGCUGGCGGUCUUCCUGCUCAGAGGGUAACCACCCAAAUGUGCGCUGGUGGGUGCAGUCCUGCAGAAUGUAUUCCUCUCCCCGGCCACCACCGAGCGGCCAAUACACCUAAAUCGCCUGCUCGAUUCCUUUUCCUGGAAGAUGUGGGGCCGACAGAAGGGGCUUCAGGCUGAGGAUGCGCAGUUCUCGCUGGAAGGAGAGCCCUUCAGGAUUCUGGGAGGGUCACUGCACUAUUUCCGAGUCCCUUUGCAAUACUGGAGGGAUCGCAUGCUAAAGAUGAAGGCCUGCGGACUCAACACCCUCACAACGUACGUUGCGUGGAAUCUACACGAGCCGCAAAGGGGCAAGUUUGACUUCAUCGGGAACCUGGAACUUGGGACGUUUCUAGAUAUCGCAGCUGAAGUGGGAUUAUGGGUGAUUUUACGCCCAGGGCCGUAUAUAUGCGCAGAGUGGGAUCUAGGAGGCUUACCGAGCUGGUUACUGCAGGACAAGGACAUGCAGCUACGCACCACCUACAGAGGCUUCGCACAGGCUACAGAGGCUUAUUUUGACGAACUUAUCCCUCGAGUGGUCAAGCAUCAGUACUCCAAAGGCGGGCCGAUCAUCGCUGUACAGGUGGAGAAUGAGUACGGGUCCUACGCCAAGGACGCAAACUACAUGGAGUUCAUAAAGACUGCUCUGGUACGGCGAGGGAUUGCGGAGCUGCUGCUGACCUCUGAUAACAAGGAUGGGAUCAGCUCCGGCAGUAUGGAAGGAGUUCUGGCCACCAUCAAUUUCCAGAAGAUUGAGCCCAUCCUCUUCUCCUACCUAGAGUCCAUCCAGGGUAACAAGCCGGUGAUGGUGAUGGAGUACUGGACUGGGUGGUUUGACCACUGGGGCGGGGAUCACCACGUGUUUGACGUUGACCAAAUGGUUUCCACCGUCUCCGAAGUGGUAGCGAAAGGCGCCUCUAUCAAUCUGUACAUGUUCCACGGUGGCACCAACUUCGGGUUUAUGAGCGGAGCACUGCACUUCCACGAGUAUCGAUCGGACGUCACUAGUUACGAUUACGAUGCGCCACUGACUGAGGCCGGCGAUUACACCUCCAAAUACUUCAAACUGCGAGAGCUGUUCACCAAGCAGCACGUCCUGCCGCUGCCUCCUGUUCCCGCCCUGCUUCCGAAGGCCGCCUAUGGUGCUGUGGAGCUGAAACGCUGCCUGUCCCUUUGGGAUGUUCUGGAGCUGACGGGAGAGCCGUUCAGAUCUGAGCUUCCGGUGAACAUGGAGAAUCUGCCUGUGAAUGAGGGGAACGGCCAGUCCUAUGGGUACACCUUAUAUGAGACGGUUAUAUACGGGGGAGGAAAGUUCCAAACGAAAGGGAACGUCCGUGACCGCGCUCAGGUGUUUGUUAGCAGCCAGCCUGUCGGGUUUGUGGAUUAUAAAAACCAGGAGCUGAACGUUCCCGAGGUUCCGGGAUAUAGAAAACUGCGCAUAUUAGUAGAGAACUGCGGACGGGUUAACUAUGGAAACAGAAUAAACGAGCAACGUAAAGGUCUUGUUGGCGACGUGUUUCUGAGAGAUGUUGCGCUGAGGAAUUUUAAGAUCUACAGUCUGGAUAUGAAUUCGACCUUCAUAAACAGUCUCAACACCGUCCACUGGUCGGAACUGAACGAGGAGACGAUGGGUCCAGUGUUUUACCAGGGGGCUCUACACGUGGGCUUUUCACCCCAAGACACCUACCUUACCAUGAAGGGCUGGAAGAAAGGGGUGGUGUUUGUGAACUCAAGAAACUUGGGCCGGUACUGGGAGAUAGGACCCCAAGAGACCCUUUAUCUGCCGGGCCCCUGGUUAUGGCCGGGCACAAAUGAAAUUACAAUCUUUGAAGAACAAGAGGCUGGAAGCUCUGUGUACUCGGUGGAUACAACCUAUUUAGGUAGGACCCAGUAUGUGGACUAGUUAGCGUCAUCUGGGGCUGCCGGCAGAGGAAUGGUGCUGCCUGAUUGGUAGAAGUACUGAGCUCCCACCGCUCUGCGUCCUCAUUGGUGCCAAUACUUUCUAACCAACUCCAUAAAGACUUACCGUCCUCUUUAUAGAAUCCAUACGGGUGCCAGCUGGUAGGUACAGGGUGUGAGGAUGCUAUGCAGCCGGAGGUGAUGGGAGUCGGGAGGUAGAGUGAUGUCUCCCUGUGAGGUUCCGUAUCCGAGGCACCCUCAGCAGUUUCGAAGUGACGCACAUGCCCAGAAGAGGCGCCAUUUCCAGAGCCAAGUGGGAGACCGGGAGGCUACAGCGCCAGGCCUCUACCUAAGCUUGCUACGUAGACUUACAAUGCGCGGUUACUCCCCUCAUGGUAUACGCCUACUACAGAUAUACGUAACAACGCUCAGCUCAAAUCCAGUCUUCCACAUCCGUCCCUACAAUGUGAAAAAGUCCCCACGUUGCUGUCUGAACUCGGAACAAUGCAAAUGACAGAUUAAUGACUCAGGGACCGUUCCAGAGCACGCUGUGAACAAAGUUCUAUAUAUAUAUAUAUAUAUACACAUUGUUUGUAAAUGUAGAUCAUUGUUAUUAAUGUGGCUAAUAACUGUACAACAAGGGGCUUCCAUUCUGUUCACUUUAUACAAAUAAAGGGUUCCAUUUUUUUUAUUUUA